AUGGCCCGGUCCCCAUCGUCGACGCGCGCCCUCACCCUCGCCGUGCUUUUCUCCGCGUCACUAUGGGUAGCGAGCCUCCCGCGCUCCGCGGAUGCAGUUCAGCUCUCCUACGUGCUGUCUCAGAUCCGCAACAAGACCAACACGGGCGCCAACGCGGACAUAUCCGCGGGAAUGGUGGAAUUCGCCGCUGGAUACGACAAGGUCGAUGACAUCACUGGAGGCUCGCUUCUUCUGCCCAUCAACGACGGCUGGACUAACGCACUCGCGGCCUACAAGACCAACAAUCCGUCUGCGACAACCUCGUCGGACCCGGUUCUCGAGGCGCUCAGCACGAUUGUGUCCUCGUCGGGGUCACUGUCGGCCCUCAACGGCAUGUCGUCCAACGCCAAGAACGCCAUGUCGCGCCUCGCCAAGUUCAUGUCUGUUCGCGAAUAUGUCGGACCCACCGAAAUGCAAACUGGCACCUACAAGAACGGGCGGUUCAGCUUGAACACGGCGCUCAACCAGCCAAUCUAUCUCUACGCCAACGUCACCGGCGUCCUCACAACCGGCAGCGGGAUAGAUCACGUUUUCACCGGGACCGACCGUGGCGCCGUCGACCCGACUACGUACAAGAAGAAUGGACUCGUGGCGGGCAGUGGCGCUGGAGGGCCGAAGGCAGUCGGGGAUGUGACAGCCGUCUUUGGUCUUGCCAGCUCCACUCAAGUGCUGGGCAAGACCACGUCGUCAUCUGACAUGUCCGCGAUUGUUGUGUCUGACCCCGUGUUCCCCGCGACCAUGAGCUCGCUUACCAGCUCCGACCCCGUGCAACCGUAUGGCAAAGGUGCUGGAAGUUUUGCGAUAUAUGGAAUUUUUUUGGCGCUGGGUCUUUCUGUGAUUGCGCUGCUUGUGCUCAUUUAG